GGGCCAGCUCCAACCGGCGCGGUAGCCGUCGUCCGUCAUGUAAAACUUGGGGACUUGGAGCCGAGAUUUCUGAUAAGCUCGGUGACGAGCGCGCAGUUCGGAGAGUUCAGCGUUGAUCGACUUAGCCGCUUCAGCUGAGUCGCCGGCGGCUUGGGCUCGGUCCGCUUCAUCUGUGCUGCGCGGCUUCUUGACAGCGGCGGGUGCGUCCUGCGUCUCAUCCGUUUCUGAAGUGCCGCAGAGUUCGAGAAAAGCCUCGAUCUUGCGCUUCUUCGACUCCAUUCGUUUGAGCUUCUUGGAGGACAGUCGGAUUCCUUUGUCGGUGUUUUUUGUCGCCAUCCUAAAUGAGUAUGUGCCCGAAUGCUCCAUAAAAUAUGCGGCCCUUUGACUUCUCGUGCCACGACGGCGUGACUUGUUGACAUGUAGUAGAGGAAGUUUCGGGGGUUACCUUUACGAUAAUUCUGACUCCGCCGUACACUCGAUUCAGCGUGACAAAGUCAAUGAAGAGCAGCGAGCAGUUCUUCCUGUACAGCUGAUCGGUAUAUACCGUAGCAUGUUCCAACAUGAACGUGCUACAAACGCCGCAAGCACACAAGCCUUUGGAUUACAAUGGCUUCGCUUUCCAUCCAACAAGUUGGCUUUCCCUUUGACUUUUUAUGCCGUUUGUGUAUGGUGUCUCAUUUAUUCAUGACAUUGCAACAUUUACACUAAAAUAAUAAUAUUUUAUCUAAAAAAAAAUAAAUAACUAUCUUUUUUAUGUUCGGUUUAUAACUAGUGACUGGAUUAAUAUAUCCCCUAAGCCGCUUUCUCAUCCAAAUCCAAGAGCUUGAAGCACAUGGCUGAAGACAAUUUUGCGAGGUGGCAUCGGUUCGUUACGUUUUGUAGACGUUCGUGAAGAAAAAAAGAAAAAAUCAUUUUCGUCACAUUGACGCUUAUUUCUUGCCAUUAUGAAUAACUUUGUAAGAAUAGAACGUUCUGUCGUGCUCGGUCAGUGCGUUCAUUCUUCAGAAGACCUAAGCGCGUGUGAGACCACAGCGAAAGGUAACGAUGCAAGCCUGCUGCGAUUUCUCUGUGAAAGAUUCUUGAAAGGUGAAUUCUGUGAAGUGUUUUCUGAUGAGCGGGUCAAAAAACUCACAAAGGCUUCCUUUCGCGAGGGAUGCUUCGAUCAGCUCUACCAGAAAUGUGCAAACUACCUUGAAAACGACAAUAGCUGUGUCCGUCAACUGGCAGUGCUUCUGAUCGGCGCCUCAGCGUUGAAGCUUUUCAUACAGAGCAAUUGGACCGGGCCAGCGCCUUCGGGGAGCGAAGAAAUAUUCACGGACGUCACGGGAGACGAAUGCCAUCGUCUCUGUGUAAGUGAACUCGAAAUUAACGGCGAGCCGUCUUACCACCUCAUCGAAGAACCUGUCUUUCUAAUCGUUGCGAAAGCGUUUCUGCUGAACUGUCGGGGGUUGCUGAGCGCCUGCUCUACGGCCGACUGGUGGGCUUACCGAUGUGCAUUCGUCCAUCAGCUGGUCUUGCUCGACCGUUCUUUUUCCUUGUACAAAGAAAUUAGUGAGCAUCUCUCCCAAGUCGAAGAAAGUAUCUUUAGGGCAGGUGACGAUGACAUGAGUCACAAAUUAAAAAUGCAGUUUCUCAUGGAAGCUGCCAUGGCUCACUUGUAUUACUUCGAGGUCACAAAAUGCCGUUCAUACCUCAACAAGGCAAAGGUCUUGUCUCACUUCGACUUUGAACUGACCGGAGUUCUUGGGAAGAGGACAUAUCACCAAGAAAAUGCAUUGUCACAACUGGUUCUAAGUGUCCAGAGGAAAGGAAGCUGCGUUGAGGACCUCCAACCAGCAUGCCCUUCGGUCCACUUCCCCAAGAAUCUACCCCUGAAGGAUGACACCGUAAUGAAUGAGAUUAAGUUUGAUCAUGAGGUAUUUUCCAACACAUGUCUGGCACCAGAAGAACAGUGCCUUAUUCUGACAACAUGCAUCCUCAACAAGAACAUCAGCUCACCCGAAGCCCUGCGGGACGAAGAAAUGAUGGCUUACAUUGACAGCGUCCUCUCAAUGCCUCUGGCAUGGUCGGUCCAGUUCAGCGCCCUUUUCCAGAGGUGCAGGCUUGAGACCAAAAGCAGCCGCAGAGUAGAACGUUCAAUGAGCCAGUUGCAGGGAUUGGUUGAUGCAGUGAAGGCGUCGGAGCCCCAUGCUGGGAUCAGGCAGGAACUCUUCUUCUGCACCAGGUCGCCAUCAGUUUGGGACAUUGAAAAAGAACUGGGGCACCUCUUCUUUUCAUUGGGUGCAACCAAGAGUGCUUUGGAUGUCUUCCUCAAGUAUGAGCUCUGGGAGGAAGUGAUUUCUUGCUACACCAAAAUCGACCGGCGGGACAGAGCAGAAGCCAUCGUACGGAGGCUUCUGGAGCAGGAAGAAACGGCGCACCUCUACUGCCUUCUUGGAGAUGCAACACAAGACCCACAGCACUUCGAGAAGGCGUGGGAGAUCUCUAAACACACAAGUUCCAGGGCCCAGCGUUCUUUAGGCCUCAUGCACUACCACAAGAAGGAAUUCAAGGAUGCCAUCCCUUACCUUGAGAAGUCAGUAGAGCUUAAUGGAAUUCAAAUGAAUGUCUGGUUUGCCCUCGGCUACUCCGCCAUGCAAGUCGAAGACUACCCCCUAUGUGUGAAAGCCUACAAGAGGGUGGUCAACCUGGAUUCAGACAGCUUCGAAGCCUGGAAUAACAUGGCCAGUGCCUACAUUCACAUGGGAGACAAGCCAAAGGCUUGGAAAGUUCUGCAGGAGUCUCUAAAAUGCAACUACGAGGAUUGGAGGGUUUGGGAGAACUACCUUCUUGUCUGUGCUGAUGUCGGGGCCUUCGAAGAAUGCAUCAAGGCGUGGCACAGGCUCAUAGAGAUCAAAGGAAAGCACGCCGACGGCAAGUUGGCUAAGAUCCUAGUAAAGGUUGUGUUGGAAGGAAUUCCAGACAUGCAUGGGAAACCCGGCAGUUACCUGAAACCGAAACUGCUCGAGUUGUUUGGAAGGGUGACAUCUGGAGUGACAAAUGAUGCCGAUAUUUGGUAUUGCUAUGGUUCCCUCUACAAGCUCUCUCAGGAAGAGGGUGAUUCCAGGGAGGAAGAUACGGAACGUAUGCUGCAGUUUUUCCAGAAGUCGUUUCGUUGCCUCAGUCAGAAACAGAACUGGGAAAAGGAUGUCGACACAUGCAGCGAAGUUCUGACACGAUCGAAGGAGCUCUUGGAGUGUUACAUGUCUUCGGUCGAGAGCAUACCCAACAAGCUACGAAGGCACCAGCUCCUGUCUUCUGCCAGAAUCACAAUGAAAGGGAUAUUGGCCAUUGUUGAUCUGCACAAGGCCAAUUUUACUCCCAAGCAGCUCGAAAAGUUGGAACCCAUGAUGAACUCUGUGACUGAGAAGUUGGAGCAGGUUAAUGCACUGACUGCUUCAUACGAUUGAAAAGCAUUGAACAUGCUCUUCAACACUGGAAGAAAUAAAUGUUGACUUGUAUGGACGGUGCUCUACA